CUUUUUUGAAAGUUCCUCCCCCGCAGGCAGUUCAGUGAAAUUCCUCCACUGUUACAUUGUAAACAGAAGAAAUACAGCUUUAUCAAAUUGUGACAAAGAUACACUUUUGAUGUUGUCUACGACUAUCUUUACUGCCUUCACAUGACUAUGCUUCAUCUACUAAUUAAAGAGGCGGUCGCUAAGAGAUAACAAGCAGUGACAUCGCUGCUGAGAGCCUCUGAUGUGCUGCAGCCUGAACCUGCAUCUCUACUCUGGGUCUCUUCUCUUAACCCCCAUCUAGACCUGAGUGCACCUGACCCAUGUGAAGGAGUAGGGGGAGAGAGAGAGAAAGCGGAGUCACACCACAUACCACAUGCCAUGGCAGCUUUCACCAGUACCCCGAAAGUGAAUUCCGGGAGUGCUCCUCACCAGGGGUUCAGGGUGGAGAGCCCAGCGGAGUGUGACUGGAAGGACUGUGACACUAGAGGCAGCGAGAGGUCUAGAGGACACCGCACCAUGCUGGAGAAGACCCAUGACUUCUUCCAGACCUGUGACAUUGAGGACAAGGGCUUCAUCACCCGCCGGGACAUGCAGAAGCUCCAUGGAGAGCUGCCCCUCAGUGCCGAGGAGCUGGAGAAUGUCUUUGACACCCUGGACUCUGACGGCAAUGGAUACCUCACCCUGGAGGAAUUCUCCUUGGGCUUUAGUGAGUUCCUGUUUGGCCGGAGGAUCUCUGCAACAGAGGGGAUGGCCAGCCCCAUUGCCAAGGAACCCACUCAGGGCCCUCCAGACUCCCUGUACCAGACCCAGUGGGAGGAACGGUUAGUGGGCAGUGAGGACGAGGAGGAGAAGCACUUCUGCAUGCUAAUGGAGAGCUUGGGAGCCAGCAACGUCUUUGAGGACCCUGGUGAGGUGCGUAGUCUUUGGGCCCAGCUGAGGAGGGACGAGCCGCACCUCCUGUCCAACUUUGAGGAGUUCCUGGCCAGAGUAAUUUUACAGAUCACAGGGGCCAACCAGGAGAGGAUGGAGAUGGAGAGCGCCCUUAAAAGGAAAUCAGCAACACAUGACGAUGAGAUCCAUCGCUUAUAUGAAGAAAUGGAACAGCAAAUUAAAAAGGAGAAGGACAGGAUCUUACUGCAGGACUCUGAGCACUUCUUGUCUAAGAGUCAGGAUCUGGAGCAUCAGCUGUCCAGUAAGGAAAGGGAGCUGCAUCAGAUCUUCCAGAAACAAAGGAGGUGGGAGCAUCAGUGCCGGGAGCUGCACAGCGAGCAACACGUGACCAAGGUGGAGAACGUGGCACUGAAGCAGACCAAUGAGGAGCUGGCCCAGGAGCUGGAGCACACCAGUCAGGAGCUGAGCCUGGCCCAGGAGCAGCUGGUCCUCCUGCAGGAGCAGUCCUCACACCUGAACCAGGAGAGGGAGAUGGAGAUGUACCGGGUCACAGAGGGAUUGCAGAGGGAGCGAGCGAGCCUGCUGAAACAACUUGACCUGCUGAGGGAAAUGAACAAGAACUUACGAGAUGAGCGAGACAUGUGCUCUUAUCAAAAACUGAGGAAUACUGUUAAAAAUCCUGCUUGCAACCUGAGACCUGGAUCAAAUACUCUGAAUCCCUUUGACAGAAAGGCCUUUAGUGAGGAUGAGGAGGUAGUGCUCCCCCAAUCUAAGAGGAAGAGUCCAGGUGGAGUAAAUGGCUACAGCCUGGAGGACAUGGUGGAUUCCAGACCCCUCCACAGACCCCUCCAGAGGAUCAUCUCCAUAGAGGAGGACCACCUACCCCAGCUCCUACAGGAUAACUACCAGACUCAGCUCUGGGAGUGGCAUGAGGAGGAAGAGCACAUAGAGCUACAGAUGACCUCUAUAAAUCCUCCCAGUUCUCCUCCAACGAUGGAGCAGCAGCAGCCAGUUGACACCAGAGAGACAGAGAUGCCUACAUCCCCCAGGGGCCAGCCUGUCGGAAAGGAGACUAUGGGGAAUGAGGAGGGUGCAGCGUUGGCCCCAGACCGCCUGUUUAAGAUCGUCCUGGUGGGCAACUCCAGUGUGGGGAAGACCUCUCUCCUCAGGCGGUUCUGUGAUGAUUGCUUUUACCCAGGCACCUCUGCCACCGUCGGCAUAGACUACAGUGUGAAGACGAUACGGGUGGACAACAGCCAGGUGGCGCUGCAGAUGUGGGAUACAGCAGGACAGGAGAGGUAUCGCAGCAUCACCAAGCAGUUCUUCCGCAAGGCUGACGGUGUGGUAGUCAUAUAUGACAUUACUGCUGAGCAGAGUUUUACCGCGGUGAGGCAGUGGCUGACCAGUGUACAGGAGGGGGCUGGCGAGGACAUUCCCAUCAUGCUGCUGGGGAACAAAAUGGACAAGGGGAGUGAGCGGAAGGUUCAGACGAGAAUGGGUGAAAAAUUAGCCAAGGACUGCCAGUUGAUUUUUUACGAGUGCAGUGCUUGCUCUGGACACAACGUGGUAGACUCAAUGGUAAAUUUGGCAAGAAUUCUGAAAGAGCAGGAGGACAGAGAGAAAGAGAAGACGAUCCAUCUGGUAAACAGCCCUUCACAGAAUAAGAGGUCCUGCUGCUAGAAACUUAGCAACUUGGCUAUUAGUUACUGUCUUCACAACACCAUAGUGUAUUCACGUGUACCUGUUCAGAUGUUCUGUACAUUUUAACCUCCGGUUCUUAGGAACUCAAGGAUCUAUAGCACAAUACAGUUGAAGUCGGAAGUUUACAUACAUCGUAGCCAAAUACAUUUAAACUCCGUUUUUCACAAUCCCUGACAUUUAAUCCAAAUUCCCUGUCUUAGGUCAGUUAGAAUCACCACGCAGAUUGAAUGAUUUAUUUCAACUUUUAUUUCUUUCAUCACAUUCCCAAUGGGUCAGAAGUUUACAUACACUCAAUUAGUAUUUGGUAGCAUUGCCUUUACAUUUUUUAACUUGGGUCAAACGUUUUGGGUAGCCUUCCACAAGCUUCCCACAAUAAGUUGGGUGAAUUUUGGCCCAUUCCUCCUGACAGAGUUGGUGUAACUGAGUCAGGUUUGUAGGCCUCCUUGCUCGCACACGCUUUUUCAGUUCUGCCCACAAAAUUUCUAUGGGAUUGAAGUCAGGGCUUUGUGAUGGCCACUCCAAUACCUUGACUUUGUUGUCCUUAAGCCAUUUUGCCACAACUUUGGAAGUAUGCUUGGGGUCAUUGUCCAUUUGGAAGACCCAUUUGUGACCAAGCUUUAACUUCCUGACUGAUGUCUUGAGAUGUUGCCUCAAUAUUUCCACAUAAUAUUCCUGACACAUGAUGCCAUCUAUUUUGUGAAGUGCACCAGUCCCUCCUGCAGCAAAGCACCCCCACAACAUGAUGCUGCCACCCCCGUGCUUCAUGGUUGAGAUGGUGUUCUUCGGCUUGCAAGCGGCAGCGUAGCCUAGUGGUUAGAGCGUUGGACUAGUAACCGGAAGGUUGCGAGUUCAAACCCCCGAGCUGACAAGGUACAAAUCUGUCGUUCUGCCCCUGAACAGGCAGUUAACCCACUGUUCCUAGGCAGUCAUUGAAAAUAAGAAUCUGUUCUUCACUGACUUGCCUGGUUAAAUAAAGGUAAAAUAUAUAUAUUUUUUUUAAAAGCCUCCCCCUUUUUCCUCCAAAAAUAACGAUGGCCAAACAAUUCUAUUUUUGUUUCAUCAGACCAGAGGACAUUUCUCCAAAAAGUAUGAUCUUUGUCCCCAUGUGCAGUUACAAAUUGUAGUCUGGCUUUUUUAUGGCGGUUUUGGAGCAGUGGCUUCUUCCUUGCAGAGCAGCCUUUCAGGUUAUGUCGAUAUAGGACUCGUUUUACUGUGGUUAUAGAUACUUUUAUACCUGUUUCCUCCAGCAUCUUCACAAGGUCCUUUGCUGUUGUUCUGGGAUUGAUUUGCACUUUUCCCACCAAAGUACAUUCAUCUCUAGGAGACAGAACGUGUCUCCUUUCUGACGGGUAUGAUGGCUGCGUGGUCCCAUGGUGUUUAUACUGGCGUACUAUUGUUUGUACAGAUGAACGUGGUACCUUCAGGCAUUUGGAAAUUGUGGAGGUCUACAAUUUCUUUUGAGGACUUGGCUAAUUUAUUUUGAUUUUCACAUGAUGUCAAGCAGAGGCACUGAGUUUGAAGGUUGGCCUUGAAAUACAUCCACAGGUACACCUCCAAUUGACUCCAAUGGUGUCAAUUAGCCUAUCAGAAGCUUCUAAAGCCAUGACAUCAUAUUCUGGAAUGAUCCAAGUUGUUUAAUGGCAGUCAACGUAGUGUAUUUAAACUUUUGACCCACUAGAAUAUUGAUACAGUGAAUUAUAAGUGAAAUAAUCUGUAAACAGUUGUUGGAAAAAUGUCUUGUGUCAUGCACAAAGUAGAUGUCUUAACCGACUUGCCAAAACGAUAGUUUGUCAACAAGAAAUUUGUGGAGUGGUUGAAAAACUAGUUUUAAUGACUCCAACCAAAGUCUAUGUAAACUUCCUACUUCAAUUGUACCUCUUUCGAUCUGUCUCUCUCUCUCUACACAUGCAGUGUGUACACCCUUUUUCAUGAGUCUGUGGCUUUUAAAACAGCUCUCUUUCAGAUGUUAUCUUAGCACUUCACACCACGAAAGAGCCAGACUAUGGGCUGACACUACCAUUGGUGAAAAGAAUGAAAUAAAAAGACAGUAUUGUACUAUUAGAAUAUCAUAUAGAUGUAUGUUCCUAAUAAUUACAAUGUAUUUUUAAUUCAAAUGUAUUUUCAAACAGCUAAGCCAAAACCAACAGUUAUAUCCUGUAUAAAAAUGAAACCGUUAAAGUAAACCUUUGUUUAUGGCUGGGUUAGGUUUUGGAUAAUUUGUGAAAUGGGGAUUUUGUUCAGAACCAAUUGAACAUUUCCAACAGUAAAGAAGAGUUAAUAUUAUUUGUCAGAUUGAUUCUAUUUAUCUCAGAUCAAUUUGGUUACUAGAUUAGCCUCUCUCAAACGUAAUAAGGUUUACUGUUGUAUGUGGGGAUGAUUGUCCAGAAGUCAGCUAUGUGUAUAGAAAUGCCUUAGCAAUGACAGUGGAUGGUAGUAGAGCUCUGCCAUACUGUACCUCUAUCAAAGCGUUUGCAUGCAAACUGUCACCACUAUUUGUCUUUUUGAUGUCAUUUUUCUGUAAUGUAAAGUGUUAUUUCUAUGAAGGAGUUGUCUAUUGAACUGCAGUUGUUUGCUCAAUCUUGCCAAGUGAUAUGCCUUUUCCAUAACCAGAUCUCUUAGUGGACGUGCCAAAACAUUUCUCAUAAUUCUAUAAAAGUUGAUAUAGCACCAAGUAUUCUAGAACAAAUUCUUGUGCUCCAGCUGGGAAUUUGUUGUAAAUAUAACAUAUUGUACAGUAUAGUAAUUUAGCUUCCAAUCGAUACCUAUGAGACAAUGGAGGUGUCAUUAGUACGUGUAUAUUCUGGGAUGUUGAGGAACACUGACAAAUCGUCCUUUGGGGUCCUCCGGUGUAGAGUAUCUCGUGUAUUUGACAGUAUGCUAUGGCCACUCUAAACUAACCAACCCGGUUGCAUUUGUGCCACGUUACUGUGCCUGUGUUCUUGCACAAUAAUGUGAAAAUGUAAAUAUGAACAAUGUUAUGGCUUCUCUGAAUAAUAAAUGGAUAUUGUAUA